GUAUUACGAAACUGGGAGUAUUAAGCCUGGAGUGAUUGGAGGGUCGAAACCAAAGGUCGCCACACCCAAAGUCGUUGAAAAAAUUGCAGAAUACAAGCGCCAAAAUCCCACCAUGUUUGCCUGGGAGAUCAGGGAUCGACUCCUUGCUGAGCGAGUGUGUGACAACGACACCGUGCCCAGCGUCAGUUCAAUUAACAGGAUCAUACGGACGAAGGUGCAGCAGCCACCCAAUCAGCAGGUCCCAGCCUCCAGUCACAGCAUAGCCUCCACGGGGUCUGUGACCCAGGUGUCCUCCGUCAGCACCGACUCUGCCGGCUCGUCCUACUCCAUCAGCGGCAUCCUGGGAAUCGCCUCCCCCGGCACCGAGAGCAACAAGCGCAAGCGGGAUGAAG